AUGGCUCGAUCGGAUGAUAUACUUACAGAUGUCCCUGGUACCGUUUACCUGGUUGAUACAUCUCAUAAUCUACGAGAUGCUGCUCACGCUGGUCAACAGGACAUCCUUCUAAUCCCACAACCUUCGAAAUCGCCAGCAGACCCUCUGAACUGGAGCCGUUUCAAGAAAUGCUGGUCCCUAUUCCUAAUUUCCUUCUAUGCCUGCGUAUUCUCAUUCGGCGAGAACAACUGGGGAGCAAGCUGGACAGUAAUAUCAUCCGAGACAGGCGUCAGCCUGAACAACAUGAACGGCGGCUCUGCGCUUAACUACCUACUCCUCGGAUUCUUCAAUAUCAUCUGGAUCCCCUCAGCAAUGAAGUUCGGUCGAAAGAUCGUCUACAUUCUGAGUUUACUAAUCCUUCUCGGUGGUAGUGUUUGGGGCGGCUUUUAUACUGGCACUGCGCAAUAUUAUAUUAUGCUUGCUAUCCAGGGUAUUGGCACUGCUGCGUAUCAGGCGCUUAUUCAACUGACUGUGGGUACUCGUGUUUGGUACGGAUUUGAUAAUGUUUCUGACGUUUUCCAGAUAUUCGACAUGUUCUUCGCGCAUGAACGUGGUCGAAUGGUCUCCAUUUAUAUUUUCUUCCAACAGCUCGGCUCGAUUCUCGGCUUGAUCUUAGGAGGAUAUAUCUCCGAUGGAAUCGGUUGGCGAUGGAGUUCGCCCAUAGUCGCGAUUGCAUGCGCCGUCUUGAUCCUUCUGUUCAUCUUCACAUUCGAUGAUACAAUGUUUCCACGCUACCGAUUCAACAAUACCUUGCACAUUGGGCUAUCAAUGUCAGAGACACUCAAAGAAGCCCAAGGCAAGUCCGAAAAACACCCACGGUCCGAAUCACCUGUCUCUACCACAGAAAGUGAAGAACAGAUCCCAAUCCGGAGCUACAGGCAAAGAAUGGCACUAGUGCACUACUUCCCAGAUGACAAAACCACCUGGCUCCAAUACUUCCGACGACCAUUUUAUCUCUUCGCCUUCCCUAACAUUGUUCUCGCCGGUAUUCAAUUUGCAUUCGGAUGUACAGCCGGCAUAGUAUCCUUCAAUACCAUCUCCGAGAUUAUGACCGAAGCGCCGUAUAACUGGAGUGCCGGGUCGACGGGCCUGAUAUUCCUUGCUGCGCUAGUUGGAAAUUUCCUCGGAAUGGGCGUCGGCUCCCUUUCCGACUGGAUAGUCCUCCUCCUAGCACGUCGAAACAAGGGCUACAAAGAACCCGAGAUGCGCCUGUGGGCUUAUAUAUUCCCCUUUAUCUUCGAUGCUGUGGGAUACUUUACCUACGGGUGGGCUGCUACCUAUGGCGAGCAUUGGAUGGCUAUUGCUGUGGGGUUGUGCUGCUUGAUUGCUCAGCAGGUUUCUGUGACGAGUUUGGCGACCACCUAUGCUAUGGAAUGUUUUGAUGGGAUCUCUGGUGAACUCGUCGUGGUAUUGGCUAUCUGCUCUUCGUUGAUUAACUUCGCUAUUUCGUUCUCCGUGCAGCCGUUUAUUGAGGCGACUAAUUAUGGAUGGACGUUUACCUGCUUCGGCAUAAUGGUUGUCCUGUCUGUGGCAUUGGGUGUUCCUAUGAUUAUUUGGGGAAAGACAUGGCGUCGGAAAUGUAAGGGGCGUUAUGAGAAGUUUUUGGCGGAGACUGAGCGUGAUGUUCAUCCCGCAUUUUGA